AUGGACAAAAAAGAGGUAACUAUUGACCCGGCAGCAAGUAGCGGGGAGCCAAGAAUUAUCGAUAACUUUGAAAUCCUUGAAGAAAUUGGCGCCGGAGCAUUCUCUACUGUCCAUAUUGCCCGACAUAUUACAACAGGUGUUUACGCCGCAGCGAAAAUAGUCGAUCUUUCAAGACUCGGACAGCAUGAAUUCAACGGAAUUAUGCGUGAAAUAAGUGUUUUUAUGCAAGUCGAACAUCCUAACGUAUGUUCUUGUUAUAGAAUGUCGUUGGAAGGAAAAAGUCUAAUUUUAUUUAUUGAAUAUGCUGUUGGUGGAACACUCUUAAGUUAUGUCAAUAAAAAUUCUGGUCUUAAGGAGCCAGAAGCGCAAAGAAUAUUCUUUCAAAUUUAUUCAGCACUUCGAUAUCUUCAUAACUACUAUUUCCUUGUUCAUAGAGAUUUAAAGCUCGAAAAUAUUCUAUUUGAUGCAAACUGGAACGUAAAAAUUACGGACUUUGGUUUAGCAUCAACUUCUUAUUGCAAUAUUAUGCGUUCGUACGUCGGAACGCCCGGAUAUACUCCACCAGAAGUUAUUGCAGGUAAUGAUUAUGAUGAAAAAUGCGACGUUUGGUCAUUAGGCGUUUGUCUAUAUGCGAUGAUUACGGCCAACCUUCCAUUUUCCACAGGCAACAAUUACCGUAAGCUUAUAGAUGAGGCUGAAAAUCUCAGAUUUCCGCUUAAUUUCUCUCCAGCUCUUGUAGAUCUUCUGAAAAGAAUGUUGCAUGUCCGACCAUCAUCUCGUUGCCGAUUGAUAGAUAUUCAGAACCAUCCAUGGCUUCGUGGUGUUACUCCUAUGAUGCUAAAUAUGGCUCCAAGUCCGAUUGUUUUUUACCAAGUUAAUGGAUAUUCAGAUAUUCUUAAGUUUAAGAGGAGGCCAACAAAGCCUAAAGAGGAAAUCAUUGAAAAAUGCAAGGAGUAUAAUAUAGAUCCGGAACAAUUAAAGAAAAAAUUGAGCGAAGGAAUUAUUUCCGACAACACUACUACAUAUUUUUGCUUAUUGCACCCACUCAUGGAGAAGCCGUCCCUUCCAGAAAAACCAAAGCCCAAACAGAGAAGAGAAAGAUGCAAUUCAACAAUUCCUAAAAAAGGAGGCUCAGCAUCUCAGUCUACUAAAGGUGUUUACAAGAACGCAGCAGCAUUAGUUAUUGGUGCUGCCCCACAAAAAUCUACUCAUCAUCCGUCUUAUUACUGA